AUGUCGAUGGCACGGCCCGUAGUCGGCAGUGGUCUCGCGACCUGCUGCACAGUGGUAUCUGUAUUCGGUGCCGUCAUUCUCGCCAUCUUCGGCUACGGCUUCUCGCACGACUGGCCCGCACUCAUGGGCAGCACGGACGACCCAGAAGACGGAAAGGCGGUCGGCCAGACAUGCUACAUUGCAGCCAUCAUCUAUAUUGCCUUCAUCGCCUUCUGCGGGUGUCAGCUCGGCGUUCACAGAAGAUAUAGCCGCAUUCAGCUAUAG